AUGGGAAGUAGCGGCCGACGACCGACCACAUCGCCGAGGAGGAACCUGCAGAAGAUGCUGUCCACGAGACCGAUCACCGCCAGUGUUUGUGCAAGUGUAGUGUUACGCGACGCGAAGUGUAGCGAGUUUUUAUUAAGAACAAAGAACUCAAACUUAAUGGCAGUAUCCUAUGGAAUGAUAACAGGGUGGACGUCCCCAAUGAUACCUUAUUUUCUCAGUGAGGAAAGCCACAUUAGGAUGACAAUACACGAAGCUGAGUCGCUAGAAACAUUGUUGUCAAUGGGUGCUGUAAUGGGUUUACCUAUAACAGCUUAUUUGGUUAACAAGAUUGGGAGAAAAAGGUCUUUAUUGCUAGCCUCGGCUGUAUUUGUUAUAUCUUGGGUGAUGGUGAUUUUUGCCAAAGUUGUCACCGUUAUUUACGUAGCGAGAGUUAUAGCAGGAAUAGGAGGAGACAUGGCCUAUGUAGCAGGACCUUGUUAUAUAGCUGAAAUUGCUGACCAGAAAAUUCGAGGAUUUUUAUCAAGUAUUAUAUAUUUGAUGAUGUUAAUUGGUGUAUUGACUAUUUAUAUUACUGGACCUUUCUUACCGUACUACGUUCCUCCAAUUAUUGCUAUUUGUCUAUUAUUAGUAGAAUUGGUUGUGUUUUCCAUGCUUCCAGAAACACCGUACUAUUUAUUGUUUAGUGGCCAAGAAGAGGCAGCAAUAAAGUCAAUAAAGUUUUAUAGAUCAAGUGAUUCAGUAGAAAAGGAAUUGGUUGAUAUGAGAACAGCUAUUGAAAGACAAAAAACUGAAAAGGGUGGAGUUAAGGAUAUAUUUACAGUGAAAAGCUACCGAAAAUCGUUGUUAAUUAUGACAGUUUUGAAUGCAGCCCAGCAAUUUAGCGGCAUAAAUAUUUUAUUAAUGAACCUGCAUCCAAUUUUAGAAUCAGCAGGUUCAAUUUAUUUAGAACCAUCAUUAACAGCCAUUAUUUUUGCCGCCAUUAUGUUUUUGGCUGCCAGUUUAGCUUCUGGAACAGUAGAUAAGUUUGGACCAAACUUGAUGGCAAUAUCCGAUGGAAUGACAGUAGGAUGGACAUCUCCAAUGAUACCUUAUUUUCUCAGUGAAAAAAGCCAUAUUCAAAUGACACAACAUGAAGCAGAAUGGUUAGAAACAUGGUUGUUAAUGGGUGCUAUAAUAGGCUUACCUUUUACAGCCUAUUUUGUCAACAAGAUUGGGAGGAAAAGAUCUUUAUUGCUAGCUUCAGCGUUACUUGUGAUAGCUUGGGUAGUAGUGAUAUUUGCCAAAGAUGUCACUGUUAUUUACGUAUCGAGAGUUAUAGCGGGAAUAGGAGGUGAUAUGGCUUUUGUAGCAGCACCUUGUUAUAUAGCUGAAAUUGCUGACCAGAAAAUCCGAGGAUUUUUAUCAAGUGUUAUAUAUUUGAUGAUGUUAACUGGUAUAUUGACUAUUUAUAUUACUGGACCUUUCUUACCUUACUACGUUCCUCCAAUUAUUGGUACUUGUUUAUUGGUAGUAGAACUGGUUGUAUUUUCCAUGCUUCCAGAAACGCCGUACUAUUUGUUGUUUAGUGGUCAAGAAGAAGCAGCAAUAAAGUCUAUAAAGUUUUAUAGAUCUAGUAGCUCAGUAGAGAAGGAACUGGUUGAUAUCAAAGCAGCUGUUGAAAGACAAAAAUCGGAAAAGGGUGGAGUUAAGGAUAUAUUAACAGUAAAAAGCUACCGAAAAUCCUUGUUAAUUAUGACAGUUUUGAAUGCAGCCCAACAAUUUAGUAGCAUCAAUGUCAUCUUAAUGAACAUGCAUCAAAUCUUAGAAUCAGCAGGUUCGAUUUAUUUAGAACCAUCAUUAACAGCCAUUAUUUUUGCCGCCAUUAUGUUUUUGGCUGCUGGUUUAGCUUCUGGAACAGUAGAUAAGUUUGGACGUAAGAAACUGCUUUACCUUUCAAGUAUUUUAACAGGAAUCUGUCUUCUUACAUUGGCUAUAUAUUUCCAUAUAAAAAACGCUGGGUAUGAAUACAAACAUGUCAGUUGGCUGCCCUUAGUGGCUGUUAUGGUGUAUGCUCUGGUAUUUAAGUACGGUUUGGGGAUGGUUCCUAUAGUAAUAACUGCAGAAAUAUUCGCUUCUAAGAUAAAAGCAUUGGGGAUGGCCUUGGUGGAUGGAGUUUAUGUGUCCUCUGCCAUUAUUGCAAUUAGCUUGUACAACUACUUGAAAGAUAGCUAUGGCAUGCAUAUACCCUUUUAUUUGUUUUCUUUAUGUUCAUUUCUAACAUCGUUUUAUGUUAUAUUCUUUAUUCCAGAAACAAAGGGAAAAACUUUAGAUCAAAUUCAACUGAUGCUUGAAGGAAAACAUAAAUAA